ACUACCACUCUGCCUCCUCACUGCCUUCUGCCUCACGCUCUCUUUUGCUGGAUAAUCACCACUGAGUCUGCAAGAGACGGUGGCAGAGGACAGGAAGGGAGGGAGAGAGACGGAGAGCCUGCACUCCUCAUUUAACUGCUGCAUUUUUCAGUUUGUCUCUCCUGCUGCUUCCCCGUGCCGCUGGAGUGCAGCGUAGGGAACAACUGGUCGGGGAGAGAGUACCCCGAAGGGAUUUAUACUCCUCUUUUUGAGCUUCCUCCCUCUGUUCAUUUCUGGGACAGAGUGCAGAGGAGGAGAGAAGAGGGAGGGACUGAGAGCAGGACUUCAGACUCAGCUACACAGCUCAGUGUCCCGCCUUGCUCCAGAGACACAUAAGACAAACACACACACACACACACACACACACACGCACACACACACAUAUUUGCAUAGAUAGGACUCAGGCUGACCAGACUGGCAGAAGGGGAGAGACUGACAAACAUUUUCUACACACACAGAGACAGACAACAACACAGACAGAUAGACUUGGUGUCAUGGCGUCAGUGGACAGCACCGGUUCAAAUGUCUUUGGUCGGUUGAGAUCAGGGGAUCUACUUCAUACUGGUCUGGUACUUGCUUUACUGCUUGGCGUAUGGAGUGUUGGUGGACUGGAAGUCUCGACAGGUAAAGUGUCUACACUUGAAGCUAUGAAUGGCUCCACAGUCUUGCUGCCCUGCACCUACUCCUCCUGUAUUGGCAUCAAAAACCUCUACUUUAACUGGCAGUAUAAUGACAACGGAACCAUGUACAAGUUAUGUGAAGGCAUGAUUGCCACUGAGGGUGUGGAGCCCAGAGUCCAAGUGGAACAUGAGCGUGUGGAGUUUGUUGGCACCUCGAAGGGCAACAACAUUUCCAUCCUGCUCUAUAACAUUACCUUCGAAGAUGAGGGAGAGUACGUCUGUUUCGCCAGGAAUCCAAAAGAGAAGAACCGCAACCACAGUGCCAUCUACUAUCUAAAAGUGGUGGACCAAAUGAAGGAGAUUGAUAACACUUUGACAACCAUCAUCGUCUCAGUGGUGGGUGGAGUCAUUGGAUUAGUUAUCCUUGUCAUGGUGAUAAAGGCCCUGGUUGUUCACUUCCUGCUGAAGGAUGAUGAGAAGAAUAAAGAGUGCCUGGUGAGCUCCUCAGGGAAUGACAACACAGAAAAUGGACUUACAGGAGCCAAAGCUGACAACAAAGGGACACCAAAGGCAUGAGCAGAAUGCAAACUUUUCUUACCCCUUUUAUCCAGGUCAGGGUGGCUGAAAGGUGACUCGUCUUUCAGAGAAAAUGCUUGCAGAAGGGGGUGACAGAAAUUCAACACUUAUUCCAAAGUAAGGACACUUAGUCUCUCUAAAAUGUCCUCCUUUAAUUGGAGAAAAGUUGGCACUUUGCUCCAUGGCAUGUUUGCAAGACGUAUACUGUAAGCGGGGAUAACAAAAUAUAAAAAAUAUCCAGAUACUUAUUCAGAUUUUAACUGGCUCCAUUCAAAUCCAACCCUUAUGGCAUGACAUGUCCGUGGCUCAGUUAUACAGGAAGCACAUCACUGGGACGGAUCACUGCAAAAGAAUGUAAGAAACACUGUCAGGGAAUAGAUAUCAAAUAUUGUCCAAAAAUAUUUUUUAAUUAAAUUUAAAACUAUAUUGUGUAUGUUAAUGUUACUAUCAAAUGAAUGUGUAAAUAUCCCAAUAGGCCAGUGUUCACUUUUCUUUGCCAUUUGUCUUAUAAAGUGUGACCCAACCAUUAGCUGAUACUUCCUGUUCAACGUUAGAAUUAGCCAAAAAAUGACUUGCAGUGACUGGAUCUGAAUAUGUUGGGCAUUGAAGAUAGUUAGAAGUUUGAGUAGGGUUUCUAAGUAUAAUGGUGUCUUAGCAUGAAAUAUGUUGUUUCUCUUUAAAGUAUACAAAUUAUCAUAUAGUCAAGAGUUUGGAGGGAGCUUGAAGAGUGAUUAACAAUCAAAUAGUAAACCAUUCAUUGAUUUCACAGCUUCUAAUUUUAAAAGAGAGUACCUAAAAAUAAAUAAGAAAAUCUAAAAAUCAACAUAUGUUUAUCUUCCCACAUCAAUGUGGGUAGACUCAGUGCUAAGAUGCCUAUUGGAAACUAGAGCCUGUACUCUAUAUGACUUUCAGUACAAGAGUUCUCUACUUGUAAAGCUUCCUGGCAUGACCUGCCACACCCUUGCACAUAGCUUCAAUAGCUAUGACAGCUGAAAGCUACACACACAGAUACAUGACUGCAAGUGUACACACAUACUAACAGCCACUUUAAUGCAAGAGAGUUGUACACUGACCUUGAAUACAAACAAUGCAGCACUUUACCACAGUUAAGAGUGGGUGAACAAACAGGAAAUCAUGGAAGUCACUUUGAUUUGAUGUUCUUUUUAAACAUUUCCAGAGUUAACAAAAACAUAGUUUUGUGUAUGUCAAGUUAAGAAGGGUGUCAAAAUGGUAUUAGCAUUGGCCAACUACAUUAUGUCUAACUGGAAUAGAGCUCUAUGGAAAGAUUUUAUCUUAUUUUUCUAAGUGUUUUCACUUUUGUCAGCCUGCUGCUCUCUCAUACUGGAGUGCAUUUCCCUUUUUGCUUUCAGUGGAAGCAAUAAGACAGACAUCAGAUUAUGCAAUAACCUGUUAUAAGGCACUUUAUACAUGUGUCUGGACUGGCUGUGAUGGCAACUCUGUUUGUCAAGACACUGUUUGUUGAACUGAUAUAUGUAUCUACACUGUACUAAUGUAUUAACAUUAGGUUCAUAUAUCUGCAUUUAUCUGCUUUGGAAAACUGUUAUAGCUGCCAACAUUGUAACUCUGCAGUGUAGGUGAUACAGUAUCCUUGCCGUGUUGAACAAAUGUGAAUGUCAUGGAUAUAAGGAAGCACUAUUCACACAAAACAAACACAUACACACACUUGCUUCCAUGUCUAGCCAGUCGUGUAUAGAUCCCUCUGUAAAGAGGAUACAUUAUGUACAUCCAAAGUCUUCCGGUAGGGAAAAGCAAUAUUGUGGAGUUGAUCUGUCUGUUAAUGUACUUUUCUUAAUGUAACCCUGAUAUAGAAUAACACAUACUGUAGGUGGUUUCAUGUAGGGAUUGUGAUGCAUUACUUGUAUAUUUGUGGCCACAGUUUCCAUCAAUUUACAUUCUUUCUGUGAUCCCUAGUGGGAGUUUUUAAUUUUUCAGAGUGAAUCCCAUAAACCCACCCUUACUGUUUGAAGAUAAUCUUAUAUUUUGAGAUAUUACUGGCAAAAUAACAAUAAUAAUAAACAUAAUUUUAAAAAUAAUUAAAAAGUAAAAUAAUGAUAUUUAUAAUAAUAAUAAUAAUAAUAAUAACUUUCAUGUAUUUGUAGAUGGUGUAUGAGGGAUAUUGCAUUCAAGGUAUAUGUAAAAAAUAUUCAACAUAUACUAUGUGGUGUAACAGAUGCCGUCAGGAUCAAGUUGCAGGAACUUAGCUUUCAUCAUCCCAUAGAAUUGAACUGGAUUAUGAGUAACCACAAGCAUCAGCUCUUUUACCUGUAAGAGGAGGAUUUUUGAUUCCUCUCACAUCCCCUUUCUACAUUCUGAACUGCCAGGACUAAAAAAAAUCUCCUUUUGGACCUUACGUGAAUCUUGAAGUCAGCCACUUGCUUGCAGAGAUUGCUGCAGUGCUGAGUAAGGCUGGUACAGUGGGCCUCAGCCUUGGUGCAGUACAGCACAGUAAAUAUAGUAUGACUGCCACCCUGUGGUAAGUGCCAACACAUCUAACGAUCUGCCCUCUAGUGGACACUGAUGAGACAUACAAUUUCAGCAUUCACUUAAUGUGUUUUAAAUCAAAGCACUGCAUCAUGAAAAGACAGUGUCAACUUGAAGCAAAAAAUAGAGUUGAAAUUGUUGCUACACAAACUGCUUAGCUUAAUGCUGCAAGUUAGUUUGUUACACAUGAAGAUCAUUUUAAUCUCUGUGCACAUUGGUUAUUUUAACUACACUUAAUAGGGAUGAGGUGUAUGUGUAAGUUUACAAUUAAAUGUCUUAAGAAAAGGAUACAUGCAACAAUUUAUACACACACAAAUCCUCAAUGAAUUUUCUCUCACAGUGAGCAUUGAAAAAUUACAGACAGUCACAUUGUUCACUAAAAUAAAGUGCUGGGAGCACUGACUGAUCACUAUAAUUCCUUAGAGUUAGUAUUGCUCUUACUGCCAGAGCAGCUGAAACUCAUACUGCCAAUCCAAGAGUCUCACGUCUGCUGUUGUUAUAACACUCUUACAAUGACACACAAACUCACUUCGUACACUUACUAAAACAUUACGUUUUACUGUCUACCACUUUUGAUGGCAUUUCAGUACAAAAUUGUGGAGGAUAUCACUCUGUACUACUUCUGUAUUUCUAGCAGCUGCAACUCACACUGCCAAGCCAAGAGUCUGACGUCUGCUUUCCACAUUCCAGAGGGAUCAAACGAUCAAACCACUGUUCUAAUGUCGGUGUAGUUCAGCAGAAAAGUUAACUUUACUAAAAUCCUGAUCUAGGAGGAUGAUACAUACAAUGAGACAGAAUAGGAGCAAUGUGUUCUUAUUUUGGUGAUUUACACAGCCAAUUGUGUGCAUACUGUGACCUAUUAUGUGUCAUUAUUUGUCAUACUCCUAGCAAACUGCCUCUUAUGACUCUCUCAAAAGAGAUAACUUUUAAUGACCAAGGCUAGCAGGUUAGUGAUUUGAAUUUCAGUACAAGCACAGACUGACACCGACCUCUCCACAUUUUCUCUCUGCAGUUCUGCAUUUUAAAUAACUUCAGUGACGUUUUUUUAUUGUAAAGGUAACACAGCUGUAAAUGUAACUCUAUCUUAAUCAAAAUAAUAAAUUCAUACCAUUUUAUCUGAAGCUAUCUAAGGCCACACACAUUAUACAAAUGUCAGUAUUUUAUAGUGAGCUGAAACUCUGCAUCAAACUCCUACAUUCUGCUUGCAACACAGUCCAUUGAACAUUCACAUACACACACAUACACACACAUACACACACAUAUACACACACAUACGUACACUCACACACACACACACAUGCACGCACUAAAUGUGGUAUCACUUAGUUGAUUCUUCUAUCAACGGUCCUCUGAAUGUUCAGCUGUUUGUCCGUGUUUGUGAUCAUGUUGCUCAUGCUCCCUUCAUGACUAUGCACCUCAAACUUUUGACUUGUUAAAAAAUACAUACUGGGAAUAAAAUGUUGAUUGAAUACCCA